AUGCAUUCUCACUCCCACUCGCCCCCGUCCCUCAAUGCGCUGAAGUCGACAAUGUCCAACGGUGGGCUGCAUACCCACAGCCAGAGCCAAGACUCGACCGGCCACGUACACGACCACGACCAUCAACACAGUCACAAUGGCCACGCCCACGGCCACAGCCAUUCCCACACCAGAGGAAACUCGAGCCAGUCGUCUCUGCGGGAAAAGGCGGUGCCGCGAUCGCUCGCUGCCAUGGACGGAUGGAAGACGGACAUCACCCCUAGCGGUCGACAACUCCUGACGCCCACGAGCGGCUCCUUCUCGGAGAACUUCCAGCCCCUCGACGGCACGGUGAUACACGAACACCACCACGAACAUGAUCACGACCACGACCAUGGCCAUUCGCACGGUCAUUGCCACGGUCAUUCUCACAGCCAUGGCCACGACCACUCCCACGGCCAUGCCCACGAUCACUCGAAGCCGUCUUUGUUUACCAAAAUCAUCCUCAAAUACACGCCUGCGUUACCAUUUUUGCACACAAUUGUUGUAGAGAAGGACUCGCGGCGGAUCUUUUACUUUAUGACGCUCAAUUUCUGCUUCAUGGCUGUCCAGGCCUUCUAUGGCUACGUCACCGACUCACUCGGCCUGCUGAGCGACACGAUUCACAUGUUUUUCGACUGUUUUGCCCUCUUCGUCGGCCUCUGCGCGGCCGUGACGAGCAAGUGGCCCCAGAGCCAGCGAUUUCCUUUUGGUCUAGGAAAGAUUGAGACGCUGAGCGGCUUCGCCAACGGCAUUUUGCUGAUGUUAUUGAGUGUUGAGAUUAUUGUGGAGGCGUUUGAGCGAAUAUGGGAAGGUCAACAACUCCAUCGUCUCAAGGAGCUGCUCAUCGUCAGCUUCCUCGGCGGCGUGAUCAACCUGCUGGGUCUGUGGGGCUUCGGCCAUCACCAUCACGGUCACGAUCAUGGCCACGGUCAUUCGCACUCGCACGGCGAGCACGAUCACGGACACGAUCAUUCCCAAGGCAAGAAGCACAGCCAUGCGCACUCCCAUCAUAACGACAACAUGGAGGGUAUUUUUCUGCAUGUUCUGGCCGAUACGAUGGGCAGCGCCUCGGUGGUGCUCUCGACCAUUCUUACCUACUACACGGGCUGGACCUUCUGGGACCCCUUGGCAUCAUGCGCGAUUGCGAUUCUGAUUUUCCUUGCGGCAAUUCCGCUGAUUAAGUCGUCGGCGCGCAACCUGAUGCUCAACAUCCCCGACGACGUCGAGUACAAUCUGCGCAACACGCUGGCGGGCAUCCUCCAGCAGAAGGGGGUGGUCAACUACUCUGUGCCCAAGUUUUGGAUGGACGACCGCAGCACCGAAGACUCGGGCGACAGGCUGCAAGGUAUUGUGCACGUGGUGGCAGGACGCGGCGCCGGCCUAGACGAGGUGCGCGACCGGGUGCGCGAAUACCUCCUCCGAAACUCAAUGGACAUUGUCAUCCAGGUCGAGAGAGAAGGAGAUGCCAGUUGUUGGUGCGGUGUGGGCCGGUCAACAGGAAUUGCGACAACACCGCUGAAAAGGGCGUUUUAG